UAUAAAUGUCAGGAGAAUUACCAAAGAUAGUAAAUAAGAGUUUAUUUACCACUUAUGUAGAGAAAAAGAAUGCUGAAGAGGAGGCUCUGAAAAUAAAAAAUAGAAUUGAUUAAAUUAGAUAAGAACGAGAGAAAAUACUAAAGAAAAUCUAAUCAGAGGAUCAAAAGGCUGAGCAAAUCUAUAAACAUAGAUUAGAAUUACAGUUAAAAGUAUGUAUAUUUAGAUUUCAAUAUUUUAGAAAGAGGAGAAAAUAAGAUAAAAGGUUGAAGCUCCAACACCUUUUUCUUUAAGUGUUUCAAGAGCAUAAAGAGAGACAUUAAAAAAAAUAAAGUCCGAAAUGCUUUUAAGAAAAAAAACUGAAGUUAAAGAAUUUAGAGAUUGGCAUAGACAUGAUCUAUAAGAAACAAGAUUUUAGAGAAGUAUGGAUCAUGAGACCUUUAGGAAUAAGGUUAUAUAAGGAAAAUUGGAGGAAAAGCAAGCUAACUAAAAUACUCUAAAUAAAUUAAAAGAUAGAAGAAAUAAGAUUAGAUAUGAAGUGGAGGUAGAAAAAGAUAAAAUAAUGAAAGAAAAAAUAGAUUAUGAAUAAUAAAUAAGAGAAUUAGAAUAACUUGAAUAGUUUGAGCUAUCAAAUUUGCAGUACACAAUUUAGAGAUAAAAUUAAACAAAAGAGAAAGUGAAUUUAGCUUAAAGUCUUCCUCCAAAAGAAUUUGAGGCUAAAUUUGUAAAUGGAUAAGGAAAGAGUUAAUAGAAUCAAGAAAGUUCAUGAUAUUGAUCAUUUCUAUAAUAAAU